AUGGCAAAGUCAGGAAUUCGUUUGCAUGAAGUGGAAGAAAUGAGUGAUGAAAGGGCUUUAAUGCAUAGUCGCAGCAAAUAUGUUCGAUUUGAAGAAGCCUAUCAAAAAGAAAUACAGUUAUAUGAAGAUGAUAAUGAAAAAAUCACUCAGAAAAGUUAUAAUUCAAAGCAUACCCUGGAUAGUGAUGAAGAGGAAGAAAUAAAAUAUGACAAAUUAGAUAUGAACAAGGCUUGUUUUUGUCUUUUUAUUUUUUGUUUCGGAUAUGUUGAAGGACAAGAAGAACCAGGUCGAGAGUAUGAAGGUGAUACCAAAAUUACAGCUUUCAAUAUGCAUGAAGACAUGGAAGAUGGGCACUUUGAUACUUAUGGAAAUUUUAUUUUUGAUAAAAAACAAGAUGAGAUAAAAGAUGCUUGGUUGGAUAAUAUUGACUGGACGAACGUAAAAGCGAAUGCUGGUGAUCAAUGGCAGCAGAAAAAUGAGGAAGACAACUCAACUACAAAAAAUAUCGACCAUAUGGAACUUAAACACAUAUACAAACGUAUUGCAAGUCUGCUAAAAAAAAAUGAAACGAUUGAACGGGCUCUAUCAAGAUUUGGAAAGCAGAAAGGCUAUUCUGCUGUGAGCUUAUCAACUUUUUUCUCAUCAUUCGCUUUAGGUUUAAGUGCUGCAGAAGAAAGGAAGAAAAGGUGGGCCGCCAAAAAAGCAGGCACUACAUACGUUGAUGAAGGUGACAUUGCACUAAAAGAACUGACGGGUUUAACAGAUUCUUUAGUGUCAAAUGGUGAAUUUGAAGCUUAUCAAUAUACACUUGAAAGACUCGAAUAUAUGAUUCGAGAAUUAGAACAUAAGGCUGUUGAUGUGUUGGAUAUCUUUUCAAAUGAACCAGUGUCUUCCUCAUUUAAAGCUGCAACAAGAAAUAAGGAAGACAAUAUAAUACCAGAAAAUGUAGUAAUGUGGGAAUACAAAUUGUCAGAUGAUCAAAAUGCGGAAAUUUUUGGUCCAGUUUCUAGUAAAGAAAUGAUCAAGUUACAAAACGAAGGUAAGUUUGAUAAUGGCGGUUGGGCUCGGAAAAAAGACACGCAAGCAUUCUACACUCUCGCAAGGCUGGAUUUCGAAAUCUACAUUUAA